UUCCAACUCUGGGUAGUCGCUAUCAAGUAUUGGCGCGUGUUUGGCCCAGCACAUUAAUUAGCAUAACCAAUUCCAUCCCAGGGGAAGGCUUGACGUGCCGCUACACAAUGCCGGUAUUUCAGGCCAAGACGUUUCGACGCGCAACAACAGCAUCGUCUACUCUCGGAGAACGAAUCGGCGCGGCCUACCGGGCUCAUCUAACUAAACGCCCAUUCCUACUCUUCGGCCUUCCUUUCAUUAUGAUAAUAGUUUCCGGGUCUUUCGCUUUAACACCCGCUGCCGCUCUGAGGUACGAGCGGUACGAUCGCAAAGUUAAACAAUUAAGUCAAGAGGAAGCGAUCAAUCUAGGCCUCAAAGGGCCCGAUGGCGAUGAGGGCAUCAAGCGAAAUCCACGGCGACGAGUUAUUGGUGACGAAAGAGAGGAAUACUAUCGGCUUAUGGCCAAAGAUCUUGAUGAUUGGGAGCAAAAAAGAGUACAACGCUUCAAAGGCGAGCCUGAUGGAAAACUCUGAGAUGCGCCACGUUUGCUUCCAAAUUGACCUUGAGCCGAUGUGAAUCACUCUUUGGCGAUAGCCACAUAAAUGCGACUUCCUUUUCCCUUUAACCCCCCUUAAAAAGCCCGAUGUAGCUCAGUCUUACCUAUGGUCGCACGUUGGUAUGUAAUGAUAAUGAUUGUCGCGCGUUUGCAAUGUGAAGUUGUUGAACGUCACUGAUAUUGAACCCUUUAUAUAGAGUCGACAAGUAUUCCUUCCAAGGGCCAGAC